AUGCGCAAUAGUCUAAUAACCCAACUUGAAUUCAAAGAUGGAAUAUAUUAAGGAUAAACAUUACAAUCAAGAUAUAAAUAAGGAAUUGGAGUUUAUUUAUGGGAGAAUGGAUCUGCUUAUUUUGGUGAAUGGAAAUCAGAUUAAAUUGACGGUAAUGGAAUUCUUUUCUUGCCACCUAAAACUACAAUUCAAGGAUAGUUCAACUCAGGAAAAUUACAUGGAAAUUGUCUUAUAUCUACAAGGUUAGCUAAAUAUUAAGGUAAAUGGCUCAACGGUUUACCUAAUGGAAGCAUGACUGGUUAUUCAAACUAAGGAGAAGUUAUAAUACUUUUCUAAGAUGGUAAACCGACUAGAGGUCUAAGUUCAAGAGAAUAAUCAUGUGAUAUUCCUAAUAUAAAGGGUGUUUAAUGUUACAACAGUUCUGCUUUAUAAUCUAUAGAUUGGUUAGAUGGAACUUUCUAUGGAGUUACAGGCAAGAGCUCAGCCAAUAAAAUUGCACCUAAUGGUUUAGGUAUUUAUUUACCUAAAAAUGGAUUAUUUUAAUGUGGAUAAUAUAAAGAUGGACUCUUGAAUGGUUUAGGAAGAACAUAAUAAUCAUCAGGUGAAGUCUAUCAAGGAUUCUUUGAAAAUGGAAAAUAUCAUGGAAGAGGCAUCUAUUUAUUUAAAGAAGAUGAAUUAUAAUGGGUAAAAGGAAUGUGGAGAUUUGGAGAGUUAAUCGAAAUAUAUCAGAAUGGAUUAGUCAAAAAUUGUACUGCUCCCAAAGAUCUUAUGUGUAUAUUUAUUUAUAUUUCGUUUAUUUAGUUCCAUACAGUGAUCAUAGAAAUCCUAUCUCCAUUAGAUAACCAAUUAACCUUAAUAAUAUCAAAGAAAUAGAAGACUUAUUUCAAAUACAAUUCUCUCGAUAAUAACCUAUUCACUAAUAAAUUACUACUACCCCCAGUCCUGAAAACAAGACCAAAUUAUCUAAUCAUAAGUAUUUUCAAAAUUCUAUGACAACUUCAUACUAGAGAAUCUCAGAUGCCCUUCUUACAAACAAAUAAAAUUCAUCUCCUGAAAGGAACAGCACAAAAUUAAUUAACUACUAUAAAGGAUAAUUACGAGAUAUUGAUUAAAAUGAACUACCACAAUAAUCUAAAUCUAGUAAACCUAUAUCAAAUUCAAGAAAAUCUAAUUCAAAUUCUUAAAAAUAUUUAAUCCAAAGCUCAAUCAAAAAAAAUUCAAUCAAUAAUAAAUCAUCAAACAAAUUAAACUAAUCAGCCUAUGUUGAAGAAAUUAAAAAACUAUAAACUUAAUUCACCAAACCUUUUGAUCACAAUAAAAGUGUUCAAUCACAGUAGAGCCAAAUUUAUUAGGCAAUCUUAGAUAGUGAAGAGCAUUCUAGUUAGAGAAGUGAAUUAUUUUAAGAAAAAUAACAAUCAUCACCAAAAGAUCAUAUUGACUAAAUUAUUCAAAAAUCUAAAAAAUAUUAAAAACAAAAAUCAAUCUAGUAAUAAAAAUAAUCCAUUCUUGAUUAAUCUAUAUAAUCCAAUUAAUCAAAAUAACCUAAAAGUCCAUAAAAUUUAUAACAAUCCAAAGCAUCAUUAUAAUCAAAAUGCAAAUCUUCUGAAGGUAAUAAAAAAAAGUAAUAACAACAAUAAGAUGUUGAAAUUCAAAAUAAAUACAAAAGUGAAGGGAAUAAAUUACCAAAAAAAUAAACUAAAAAAACAGAAUAACUUCCAUUAGAUUUAUCUGUAUAAUCUGAAUAAUAAUAUAUAUGUGAAUCUAAACAAAUUAAAGAAUUUUCAUAAUAAAGAGAUUCAAAAUUAUCAAUCUAAUCCUCAUAACCUGUUUCUUAAAGAAUUUCAAUCAAUUCUAUCAAUCAAGUAGCUUCUCAACAAACAACUCCUUAACAUUCACAUAGAAAUUAAAAUUAGGAUGAAUAAAAUAAAUAAUUAUAAUAAUCACAAUAAUCUUAAUAAUUAUAAUAGUUUCACGAAUCCAAAUAAUAAUCACUAUAAUCUUAAGAGGAAAAAAUCUAAUAAUAGCAAAUUGAUCAUAACAAAAAAUUGAGUUUUUGUCAAUAAGAUUUUGCUCCAGAUAUGAGGAAUACAGCUAUUUUUAAUUAAAUUGAAUCUAAUCAAUCUAGUUAAAUGAAAUUUCAUAGACAUAAAAGAAGUUAAUCAUAAACUGAUUUUGAUAAAUUUGAAAUCUAAGAUGACACUCAAAUGAAAUUAAUCAAAUAAUAACAAUAAUAUAUGUAAUAAUUAAUUGAAUAAUAAUAAAGAGAAUUAGAAUAACUAAAAUUUUAAUAAUAAUAAUUAGAAGAAGAAAAUUAAAUAUCAUUAAGUAGACCAGGAUACAAAACUAACGCUUCAAUGGAUUCAUAAGAAAGUUAUCCUCAAUAAUAAUCAGAAAGCUUUCAUCAAGAUUUUAUCAAAUCAGUAAGUGAUGUAUUAAAGAGUGAACUCAAAAAAAAAUAAGAAGAUUCGUUAAUUAGAGAUAAUCAAAACAAUUCCCCUCAUUUCGAAUAAUCAAAAAUAACAAAUAAUCAACAAUCUAUGUUUUUUUAUGAUAUUUAGAGUUUAGAAAAUGUAAAUGUAAAUGAAAGACUGAACAACAGAAUAUCAAGCAAAUAAUUAGAGGAGGUAAACAAAUCAAGAGCUGAGUCUCUAAUGAUAAAAAAAUAGCCAAUUUCACAUAGAGAAUUAGAUGAUUUGUAAAUUGAUAAACUUUAAGAUACAUUGUCAAGAUAAUCUAGGCAUUCAAAGCAAUCAUUUCAUUCAAGAUAUUCUGGAGAAAAUAAAUAAUAAAGAUCUAAAUCACAUCAAUCAAGCUAACGAAACUAUUCAAAUAAAUAACAUUCAUUUUAUUAAUAAUAAUCACAGGAAUAGUUUUAUCCUUAAAAAUAAACAUCAUUUGUUGAAGAAAAAGAGGAAUCAUAAAAUCAUUCUUAAUAAAUUAAUGUUGAAUCAAUUACUUCAAUCAAUAAGCAAAAUCAAUUAUCACAUAUUGAGAAUAAGUAAGACUAAUCAUAAAGUUCACAAUAGAUGUCUAUUAUUUCUAAUCAAUUUCAAAAGGAAACACAAAGUAUAAAAAAAUAAAUUUAAGAAGAAUCUAUCUUAAACAAAUCAAAAUAAAUAGAUAAUAAUAUUCUAAAAAUAAAGUAAUAAAAUACUGUUUAAAAAAAAAAAGAGCAAGAUUAACUUAAAUAAGAAGAAUCUAUUGAUCAAAUGAUGAAAAAAUAAUCCCAAAAAUAGUUAUCUUAGACUUAAUUAAAAUUUGUAGCUUGCCCUUCUUAGCAUUCCUUACCGGGUUCUGUAAAUUUUUCUGAUAAAUAAUUGCAAAUCAAACCAGAUUAAAUGAGUGAAAAUAUAUAAGUAACCAUUCGAGAUGAUUAAUCAGAUACCAAAUAAAACAUUCAGGAAAUAAAAUUAUAAUUAGCUGCUCAAAAAGAGAUACUUUCCUAACUUUAUCAUUCUAUAUAAGAAUCAAGAUAAAUGAAGGUUUCUCAAUUCGAUUCUGAUAAGAGGAUAAGUGAAUAAAGAACUGUAAAAAGAGGAAUGGUUAGCGGCGUAUUUGAUCCAUGUAGCAGCCCAGUAAAGAAAGUAAUUAUAACAAAAGGAGCAUUUCCUGCUUUUACAAUAAUAAAAUCCUUAUCACCGAUAAGACUUUGA